GGUAGUCGGUAAAUGGUAAACGUAAAGUAAAAACUAAAAAGUUAGUCAGUUAGUCAGUUGACAGUUUCACUUCAGAAAGUGGAAACGUAACGAAGUUACGAAGGCGUGUUUUGUCUGUUUUAAUAGAUUAUCGUUAAUUCGUUGUAUCCGGUUUAGAGUUCAGAUAUGUUAUUGUAUUUGAAUUUUUCUAGUAAUUUUUUAUCUUAUUUUUAAUUAUAAGUGUAAGCCGCUGAAUGCAAAUCGCCGGUGUGUACAUAAAACGCCAAAAUACUAUGGACAGUUGCAACAUUAAAGUGGCCAUCAAGGUCCGUCCUUUAAAUUAUAAGGAACAGUUGGAUGAUAAGGUUUACUGGAAAAUAGAAUCCGACAGUGUUAUUCACAUUGAUCAAAUAACUAAAAAGAAGAACGGAGAACAAUUUUUUUUUGAUAGAGUAUUUUGCGAUAAAUCAACAAAUUAUGACGUGUUUGAUGAGAUUGUCAGACCAAUUAUUGACAGAGGAGUGCAAGGGUUUAAUGGUACUGUAUUUGCUUAUGGUCAAACUGGUUCUGGUAAAACAUUCACUAUGUCUGGUGAUCAGUCCAACCCUGGAAUUAUUCCAUUAGCCAUUAACUACAUGUUUAAUGUUAUGAAUAAUUCCACUAGUAGAGAAUAUUUAUUAAGAGCUUGUUACUUAGAAAUUUACAACGAAAAAGUUAUAGAUUUACUAGAAAAAAAAAAUAACAGAAAUCAAACAAAAAAAAUUGAAAUUCAGAAAGAUGGCUUACAUAUUACACCAUUAAAGGCUAUAGUUUGUCAAAAUUCACAAAUGGUUAUUGAUCUUAUGAGAAUAGGUGAGAAAAAUCGGAGUAUUGGAGAAACAGAUAUGAAUGAAAGAUCAUCAAGAUCCCAUACAAUAUUUCGCAUUAUUCUAGAAAGUCGCAACAUAGAUGAUGAUUGUGAUGGAGCUUACCAACAAUCUGUGAUCAAUUUAGUUGACUUGGCUGGUUCAGAGCGCAGUAGUCAAACUCAGUCAUCUAUGGAACGAUUUAAAGAAGGUUGCAAGAUUAAUAGUUCUUUAACAACUCUUGGUCUUGUUAUCCAACAACUUAGUGAAUGUCCAGAUAGCUCACAACAUGUCAACUUUCGUGAUAGUAAACUUACGAGAAUUUUACAAACAUCUCUUGGUGGAAAUUCUUUAACUGCAAUUAUUUGUACAGUAACCUUAGCAGUUGAAGAUCAAACAUCUAAUACAUUGAGUUUUGCUUCUCGUGCCAAAAAGAUUAAAAAUACUGCUAAAGUAAAUGAGAAUGUCACAGAUGAAACUCUUUUGAAACGUUAUAGAGUUCAACUUUCUAAAUUGAAUAAAGAAUUAGAGGGUAUAAAACAAAAUCAAUUUGAAAAUGAUGAAGUUAAUGAAAUUAAAUAUAAGUAUCAAGAAGAAAAACGAACUAAUGAAGAAUUAAAGGAACGUAUAAUGCGUUUACAAAAUAAUAUGAUAACUUCUGCUCAUAUAGAUCAACCCUCAAAUAAAAAAGGGUAUCAGCGAAGAAGAACUUGGGGAGGAAAACUUGAUAAUACAUUUUCUUCAAAUAGUAUUCUUGAAACUAUUGAAGAAGAUGUCAAUAUGCAUAGACCAAGUGUACCAUCUAACUUUGGAAAACAAAAUAAAGAAUUUAGAACACCAUUAGAGUCAUUUGAAUGGGAUUUAAUUAGAGAAGAAGAUUGCUCAGCUGUUACUGAAUCUAUAAAUAAAGAAAAUACUGAACAUAAUUUUUCUCCACCUUCCAACAUUCCAUUCAAUGUUUGUGAAACCCCUAAAAAAGUUUUAAGAGAACGUGUAAAUAAUUACAAAAAUAUGUUUGAAAUGAGUAUGAAAGAAAACAAUGAGCUUAGAGAAUUCACAACUCUUGAAAAACAAAUGUUUUAUAAUAAUAAUGAGCAACUAAAAGAAUUGACUAAUUUAAGUAAAGAAGUUGAGAAUCUUCAAACCGAAAAAAAAGAAUCUGAAAAAAUGAUUGAAAAACUUAAACAUUCAAUUCAAUUAGUUGAAAAUGAAAAACGUGAUAUUGAAGUUAUCAUGGAAGUACAAAAAAAUAUGCAUGAUAAACGUGAAACAGAACUUCUAGCUACAAUUCAGGAAACAAGAGAAGAGUUAAAAAUAAAGGAGGAUCAAUUAAAAAAAACCAUAUUAAGUGAUAACUUUAUGGCAGAAAAGCAAGAAGAAAUUAAAAGACUUGAAAUGAAAAUUAAAGAAAUGUAUCAAUUAAAUAAUACGUAUAUUAAUGAAAUAGACAGUUUAAAAUUACAAUUGUUAAAUAAAGACCAGCAACUCAAUUUAGAAGCGUCCAAACAAUGUUCACUUUUAAAUGAGUUAUCUCUUCUGAAAAAUGAUGCUGCUGAAGUUAAAUCAGUCCCAUGCUCUAUUAAAUUUUUAGCUGAUAAAGGGUAUUUUACUCUCAGAAAAUGUGAAAUAUUGGAACUGGAUCAAUUAUUAGAACAUAUCCAUAAUACAGUUGAACAAUUACAACUAGAAAACCAAAGUUUAGUAGAUGAAAACAACAAUUUGAAAUUAAUUACAAAUGAAUUUAAUAUUCAGAUGAAAAACAUAAAAAAAGAAAAUUAUGAAUUGAGUUUAAAACUAAAUUCAAUUGAAGAAAAUAUUAAGUCUAUCAUAAAAGAUUUCAGUGGAAGUUCUGAGAUAAAUGUUGACAAUUCAGAUACAAAAUGUUUAAUUGAUUUUGCAGUUACACAUUUUGAAGAAAACACAAACAAAAUUGAUAUACUUUCAAACAAGAAUUUAAUUUUAGAAGAAAAAUUGUCUUUAUCAAAUACUAAACUAAAUGAAAUUAAAUCAUUUGUAUUUCAUAAUCUCGAUUGUAUUCUUCAAAGUAUUUCUGUCAUGGAAGUUGAAUCAAGUACUGAAAUGGAGAAAUUUAAGAAGCAACUUUCAGAAACUAUAGAAGAAAAUAUAUUUUUGAAAUCCAGUAUUCAAGCAUUUGACAAAUUAACAUUUGAAUGUGUUGAUAUUAUUGAAAAAGUAAAGACUAAUCAUUUGAAGAUUAUUGAUCUUCAAGAAGAACUUGCUAUCUGCAAUGCUUUUAAAAUUGAAUUACAAGUACAAGUUGAUGAAUUAAAUGGAUUGAAUGCAAAUCUUAAUAUGUUAAUUGAAAACCAAACUAAAGUUAAAAAUGAAAUUAAGGACGGUCAGGAUGUUGAAUCUAACAAAUUUAAUAGUGACCAUAGUACAAUAAAUGAAGUGCAAUUGAUAAUUAAAGAAAAUGAAAUUAAAAGCGAUUCAAUCAUUGGUAUGGACCAAUUAAGAACUGAACUUGAAACUGUUAAAUCAAACCUUGAAGAUAAAUCAAAUACAAUAGGGACACCUGAAAAAACUAAUUUAGAAUUAUUAUCUGAAUAUAGUGAUUUAGAGAAAUGUUAUAAAUCAAAUACUAGAUGCAUUGAUGAAAAAGAUGAAAUUAAAAAACAGUUACAAAAUAAAUCUGUUAUAAACACAUAUGGUUUGCCAGAUGCACUUAAAAAAUUAAAAGAAAUGAAUAUUAAGCUUGAACUAAAUGAUUCUGAAAUAGACAAAUUAAAGACUUCUUUAAAUGUUGUGAAACUUGAACUUAAUGAAAAGCUUAAACUCAUUGAAAUAGAAAAUUCUAAAUUUGAAGUUACUCAAAAUGAGAAAUUAGAAGAAAUUAGUCAGCUUAACAGUAUAAAUUCUACACUUACUGUUAAAAUUGAUAACGAAGAUGAUAUUUAUAGUAAAUUGCUGAUAAAAACUAAAGAAUUAGAAAAUGCAACUUCGCAAAUUAAUGUGUUACAAUUAUCAAUUGAAGAAAUGAAAAUAAAUACAAAUUCUAAUAUUACUAUUAUUGAAAGAUUAAAUCAUGAACUCAAUACUACAAAAUUUGAACUAGAAGAAAAAAUUAAACUUGUUGAUCAAUUAAAAAAUAAUAAAUCCGAAGAAUUAAUGGGUAAUAAUUUAGAUAGAAUUUCUGAACUUGAUGAAAUUAUUACAAAACUUAAAUCUGAAUUGGAAGAGAAAUUAAACAAUGAAAAAACAUUGAAUAAUGAAUUACGGGUUGUUACAGUAGAAUUGGAUGGUGCUAUUCUUAAAGUUGAUGAAGUAAAAUCAGUAAUUAACAAUUUAAAUAUAAAUAACAUAUCCUAUAUUUCUAUUGUAGAACAACUGAACUAUGAACUUAAGUGUAUCAAAUCUACUCUUAAUGAAAAAAAUGAAUUCAUUUUUGAAUUGGAAAACACUAAUUUAGAACUUGCUACAAAAAGUAAAAAGUCUGAUGAUCAAUUAAAUAAAAUUAUCGCUGACCUUAAAGUUAAUUUAGAAGACAAAAUUAAAGUUGAAAAUGAAUUACGAGAUGAACUUAUAUCUAAAACUAAUGAAUUAGAAUAUUCAAAGGUCCAAAAUAAUAAAUUUGAAAUGAUGGUAGAAAGUAUGGAGAAUGAAUUAAAAUCAAAUAUUUUAUUAUUAGAGGAAUGUAAAUCUGAUUUAGCCAUGAAAUCGAAUUUAUUAUUCGAAUUAGAAAAUGUAAAUGUUGAAUUAACUAUAAAAUAUGAUAAAAUUAAUCAAACAAUGUUAAAAAACGUAAAGGAUAAUGAACAAAAUUAUUUAGACAUUCAAAAUCAGCUACAUUUAGUUAUCCAAGAAAAAUCAUUAAUUCAAACCGAUUUGGAUCUGAUUAGCCAAAAGUUUAUAGAAAUAUCAAAACAUCAUGAUGAGACAAAAAAUAAUUUAGAAAAAAAAAUACAACAACAAGUAUUAAAUUACCAUAUUUUAUAUACAGAAUUUGUUAAUUUGUCUUGUGAUAUUGAAUCAUUAAUAAAACAUCAAUCUAUUAAAGAAUCUAAUUUGAGAGAAGAAAUUCUACUAAAAUCUACAGAGCUUGAACUCUUGCAAAAACAAGUGCUUGAGUCUAGUUUACAGCAAGAAUAUGAUAGACUAGAAGAAGAAUAUAUGUUAAGAUCUCGUGAAUGUGAUGAAGCACGACAAAAAAUAAUAAACUUUGAAUCAGAAUUAUCAAAGAAUGAAGAAUCUAAAAAAAUACUUAGAAAUAAUUUGGAAUCCAAAUGUAUUGCUUUGGAAGAAUAUAAGAAAAAUGUUGAGUUUUUGUUUUCAAGAAAUGAUUCAUUUCAAAUUAGGGUUAAUGACUUUGAAGAUAAUGUUUUAGUAGGUUUAAAUGAAGAAUUUGAUUUAAUGAAAUCAGAAUUAUCAAAAAAAACAGAGUAUGAAAAAAUUUUAAUAGAGGAAAAAGCAAAUCUUGAAUGUGACUUAAACAAACUUCAAGAAAAAUUUGCUAACAUUACUAAAGAAAUGGAACUUAGUGAAGAACGAUGUGAAGAUUUGGCUUCAAUUAUUAAUGUUUUAGUAAUUGAAAUAAAGGAUGCAAACUCUGUUAAACAAAAUUUAGAGUGUUGUUUGAAUGAAGCUGAACAUGAAUUAUUAAAGUCUGGAGACUACUGUGAAAACCUUAAAUUAGAAUUAUAUAGUUUACAAAGAGAAUUAGAAAAUGCAUGCAUCAAUACUGAAUGUGUAGAAAAAGAAUUACAGAAUUUAAAAUUUAAAUUGAAUGAAAACAUUGAUAAAAAAGACUUAAAUGGUGGUGAUGUAAGAAAUAAAUUAAUUGAUCCACUUGUAGAUUAUGUACAUGAUAUUAAAUUGAAACUCACUGAACUCAAUUCUGCUAUAAUAUCAGGAAACCAAAGUGAAAAGCAAUUUAGAUCAAAAGUGAUGUCAGCUGAAGAUAAUAGUUUACCACAUGAUGAGACAUUGAAGAUAAACUGUGGCUCCCAAUUUGAUUCUACAGAUAUUGAUAUUGGUUUAGAAAUUGAAAAUUUACAUAAGACAUUAAAAGAAAAAAAUGAUCUGAUCAACAAUCUUCAAACAUCUAAAAAUAAUAUGGAAAAACACAUUGUUGAACUUCAAUGCCAAGUGAAGAAACAAUUUGAUGAAAAUAAUAAAUAUAUUGAUGAUAUAACAUUGAUGGAAAAUGAUCUAAAAGAAAAAACAUAUUUAGUAAGAAAUUUAAAUGAAGAAUUGAAUCAACUCAAAUUAUUAAAUGACAAACUAAAAGAAAUAAAUAAUGAGCCACAAGACCAAAUUAUUAAAUUAUCUGAUGUAAAUGAAAAAUUAAUAAGUGAUAUAACAUUAAUGGAAAACGAUUUAAAAGAAAAAACAUCAUUGAUAAGUAAUUUAAAAAAUGAAUUGAAUGAACUUAAAAUACAACAUAAUAAACUUGAAGAACAUAACCAGGCUAAUAAAGAACAAAUUUAUUAUAGCUAUGAUAUUGAUACAGAAUUAAGAAAUGGUAAAAGGAAUAUUAUAAAUGAAAUUAAUCUCCUUGAACCUGGAAAAAUUACAGGUGUUCUUACUGAUCAUAAUUUGUCAAAUUUAUUGGAUAUGUUUGUCAGCCUCAUAAUGACUAAAGAACAACAAAUUGUAACUGAUUUAGUUAAUGAACACAACAAGGUCAAACAAUUAUUUGAAGAUCAAAUCAAGCAGUUCCAAGAAGACAUUAAAAAAGGAAAAGAAUGGCAAGAACAAGUUGAAAAUGAUAAUGAAAAACUUGGUCUUGAACUUGAAAAUCUUAAAUCUCAAAAACACAAUUUCCCUAGUAGAGAAUUAAAAAUAAAAGAAUUGACAGAAAAAGUAUUAGAAGCAGAAAAUGUAUCUUUUAAUUAUCUGAAUGAAUUGCAAGAAUUAAAGACCCAAUUGAGUAAAACCAGUGAACAAAAUUAUCAGUUAUUAUCAGAAGAAUUUGAAGUAUUCAAGACUAAUUCGGAGGUGUCUAUACAAGAUUUGAAAAAUAAACUUGAAAAUCUAACCAAACAGUAUAAUGAAUCGUUAAGUAUGUACAAAGAUCAAAAAAAUUGUUGUUUUAGUCUGGAAGAUAAAAUAGAAAAAAUUCAAUCAGAAUGCGAUUAUCUAAAAUCUAUAAUUGAAAAAAAAGAUGAAGAUAUUAAAAACUUACUUGAAGGAUUUAAAUUGAAAACAAAUGAAUAUGAAACAUUGAUUGAAAAAUAUAGUUUACAAAAAGAAGAAAUUAAAAUUAAUCAUGAAAAAAAAAUUAAUGAACUAGAAUUUGAUUUAAGUAAUAUCAAACAUCAGAUGUAUUGUACAGAAAAGUUGCUUAAAGAAAUAAAAAAAAAUAAUGAACUACUCCUUGAAGAGAAUUCAUUAAAUUUAUCAAAAAUAAAACAUAUGCAAGAAAAUAAUAAUUCGCCUCUACAAAUAGUAGAAUUAGAGGGUGAUAGUGAAAUAACUAAAGUUGACAAAACAAAAUUAGAGAGUUUGGAGAAAGAGUUACUAGUAAAGAGUACAGAACUUGAAAACCUGGAAACAGAUUUAAAAUUGAAAACCAUAAAACUUGAGGAAACUGAAACACAAUGCUCAAAACUAGUCCAUGCUCUUGAAGUUCAUAAAUUAAAAAAUAAUGAAUUAGAGAAACAAUUAGAAAGUUUUUAUCAGACUUUAAAGAUAAAAGAUGACAAAAUUGAAGAUUAUCAAAUUAAAUUGAAAUUGAAUGAAGAUAGUUUAAUUGAAAUAAAUAACAUAACUGAUAAAUUAAGAAAAAUACUGAAGUGCAAUGAUUCAAUAUCAGCACUUUACGACAAUGUCUGUUCAUUAAUGAUCAAAUGUGAAAGCUUAGAAGAAGAAAUUGAAGAAUUGAAACAGUCUAAUGUCGACUUGGACAAUGAAUGCGAAUCUAUGUUAGAAGAGGUAAAAAAUAAAGAUGAUAAGAUAACAGAACUUUUAACUCAAUUAGAUGAGUUGAAGACAAACAUUGAAUUAUUAACAGAAGAAAGAGAUUUUUUGAAAAACAAAACUGAACAAUUUAAAAAUUUCAAUGAAGAUGUCAAAAAAUUAAAUGAAGAGAUAUUUGGUUAUGAACAAAAUAUAUAUGAAUUAAGAAAAGACAAAGGUCAGCUAAUUAUACAACACGAUAAAGAACUAAAACAAUUGAAAAUGGAAUUAAAUAAAGUCCAAACAAAAAACUUGGAACUAUCAAAUGAAUACAGUAAAUUAUCAGAAACUGCUAAAACUUUGGAAAAAUCAUUAAAAGAAGACAUACAACAAUUAAAUAGAUGUAUUGUGGAUAAAAAUGCGAAAAUAUCCACAUUAGAAUUAUUUUCCAAAACAAACACUGAUGAUCUCAAAAAGAAGAAUCAUGAAUUAGAAAAUGUCUUUAAAAGAGCAAGAGAUGAGAAUCAUAUGUUGCGCAGAGAAAUACGCCGUUUGAAAGAAAUUACAAAUGUACAUAGAGUUGAUCAAUGUACUCAGACUAAUGAAGAACAAAGCUUAGUGAGUAGUGCAAUAGUGGCUGACCAUAAAAGCAUGAUUGAUAGAAUCGCUAAAUUUGAAAAAGACAAUAAAAUGAUGAAAAUGAUGUUACAUCAUCGUAAAGCUAAGAUUGAAGAACUUGAAAAGCAACUUAAUGAGAAAAAUUGUUAAAAUUUAAUUUAAAAUGUGUAGCUUCAACUCUGCAGUUAAAUGUUUAUAAUUUUUAUUUAUUCGUAUGUUUCUAAGUUAUUUAAACUAUUCAAUAUGCAUUUGUUUGACUGUUUAAUUUAAGUAUUGAAUUAUAUUUUUUCUAUAUUUAAUUAUAAAACUAUAUCUAUAACCCAUUUAGUAUUUGCUAUGUAUAAUAUAUUGAUUUUCAAUAUGAAAUAUUUGUGUUAUAAUUGAAAAUAAAUUUAAUUCUUGUUAAAUAUGUCUGACGUCCACUGUAAAUAAAAAUGAUUGUAAAUAACUUAAGUUAUUAUUAUUAUUUAGAAAUAAUAACAUUGAACGUUUAACAUUGAGUACUAAAUUAUUACCAAAAUUAUUUUGAUUAGUUAGUUCUAUUCUUUUAUAUUUUAAUAAACUUAUUUUAUAGUAUUGUACAUUUACAUACUCAAGUAGU